AGUACGGCCUCUUUCCUUUAGCAGACGCCCCGAUCAAUCGCAAACGCCGGGGCGUCAACACACUGCCGCUUCGCCCAGACCCCAGCGAGAAUAGAAGCAGCAAGGCCAUUCCUCCAAGUUUUUCCCCACCUCUAUGUGACAGCCCGUGAAUGCCAACUACCCUCUCUCUGUCUCUUACUCCUUCCUCUGUCUCUACCAGCUCGCGGCAGUACUCUUGCCUGUUCUUCUGACGCCAGUGGCUCAUCUUGCACGAUAUCUGCGUCCACUAGCCACGUUGGCUGCUAGACCAUCGAAGUCCUCCUCUCCCCAGCUGGUACCGUUAGAGAAAGGCUCCUCACGUUUCCACCAGCCUUGCGCUUUCCCAAGGCAGCUUUGAGCGAAUUACGUGGCCCUGUACAUCAAUGCCUGCACUCCAGCGAAGAGCGGGUGCGCUGUCGGGGGUUACCCAAUCUGCUUCGGAUGGCGUGCAAGCAGGGUACGACUCUGUCAAGGCGCUCUCCUUGAGCAGAGGGCAGAUUGCAGCCGUGGUGGUGGCCAUCGUUCUGGUCCUCGGUCUGACCAUCUUGGCGCUGUGGUACCUCUGCAUCCGUCAGACAAGGAAGAGGAAGCUACGAAGGAGUAAAGGAGCUCAAUUCGGCAGCGAAGGGCCCUCGAUGAGAAUGGAAGAGACGAGUGGUGCACGUGGUUCUUCUCAGCAACGAUCAAGGCCGGCGGCAAAGGCUGACUUUGUGCCGUACGAUUUCACCAAGGUGGGCAGGGGAUCGGGCAGAGCUAGUGGCUACGGGGACUACAGUCAAGUGCAGGGAAGCAGUGGCGGAAGAGGAGGCGACAGGGGGCAAAGGAUCUAUGAAGAGCAAGGCGACGACGCGAGCCUUAUGAGCGAGAGCACCUUGAUGGGUGAUGGCCCCACUGUGCCUCUGGUAGCUGCAGCCGGGGCCGACGUCGACAGCAACGAUUGGACGAGGGGCCAUCGGCAAUCUGUGAGAUUCUCAAGGCAACAUUAUCCUUCUCAAGGCAGGUCUUGACGACGUCAAGCUACUUUCGGCACUGUACUCCAGCGUCAAAAGCGGGACAGAGACAAAAGUCGAACUGCGAUCCGUGUUUGUUGUACCUCUCUCUUGGCCUGCUUUCCCCUGUCACUCGGCUCCGUAACUUUCGUGAUCAUGUAUCAUAGUCCUAUCGCACACUCUAUCAGCCUUGGCUUGCCCUGCCGUGGUGUCCGAAUGUGAGAGAUGGC